UAUCAAAUAUCAUCUCGUACAAAUACAAUCUCCCCAAACCAUCAAACGACACAGUCUGAAUCAUACCUCACCACAACAACUUCCCAUUUAAAACACAUUUCAAACUUUAAACCCCCAAAUUCAAAUGAAGUGAACCAACUACAACUUCACUCUACACCCCCCAAACCCAUCAAUGGCGGCAGACAUUCGAACACAACUAAUUUUGGAGCAAUCAAGAAAACGCCAGAAACUCAAUCACGCUCCAAAGCUUCUUCCUAACGAACAAGUUGAAGUCCGAAGUGUCGAAGAAGGGCUCCGAGGUUCAUGGCAUCAUGCAACUGUGAUCAAACACAUGACUCAAAUUCGUGUAGUGAAGUACCAUCAUCUCUUCUGUAAUGAUAAUUCAACAAAUCUUGUUCAGUUCAUCCCAGUUUUAUUCGCAGUUGAUGGUAUCAUUCCCACUAAUUGGAGACCCUCUAAUUUCCCUAAUUAUCGCGGUAAAAUCAGACCGAUCCCACCUAGAGUUUUGCAUAAUAAAAAUUGUUAUCAUUUUGGACAAUGUGUCGAUGUGUUUCUAGAAGAUGCAUGGUGGGAAGGUGUUAUAUUCGAUCAUAACGACGAUGAUCAUUCGCAUGAACGGUUAGUUUUCUUUCCGGAUUUGGGCGAUGAAUCGAGGGUUUUGUCGAAGAAUUUGAGGGUUACUCAAGAUUGGGAUGCUACUACCGACAAAUGGAGGGUUCGUGGGGAUUGGAUUUUUCUCGAAAUUUUUGAGGAAUUUAAGGUUGAAUUACCCGUUUUUGUUUCGGUUAAACAAAUUUGGUAUGAAUUGAGGAUGACAAAAUAUUUUGUCGAUGAAAUGAAAGAGUGGACGUGCCCCGUUAAAGAAAAUUGGAAAGAAACCGUUAAAGAGGUGAUGGUAGGUAAAUUUAAGAUGCUAAUGACAGAUUUUUUGCACGAAUUAACGUUUUCAGAGGAUUUCGAUACGAACCCAGACGCAGUUGUGGCUAUUAAGUCCGGUUACGAGAAUCUUAGUUUCAAAUAUAGAAACAUUUCUGAUGAAAAGAAAGUGGUUAAAAACGACGAAGCAUUAAGGACUAAUCGUGCGGAACUGUCAAGUAAACGAGCUCGUAUAGAAGUUUUACCUAAGUACCGGACCCCACGAACCGUUUUAACUUGGUUGAUAGAUAACAACGUUGUUCUACCAAGAGCAAAAGUACAGUAUUGUUGUAAGAACGAUAGGCGUCUAUUAAAGGUAGGUCGAGUAACUCGUAAUGGCAUAAAAUGUAAUUGUUGUAAACAUGUUUUUAGUCUCGUAAAGUUUCAAAAACAUGCGGGUAGGGGUAGUGAUAACGGUGGGCUACCCUCGGCUAACAUAUUUCUUGAAGAUGGUAGGUCGUUAUUAGAUUGUCAAUUGCAAGUUAAACUUGAUCAAAGUUCGAGAUUGAAGAAAAGGCGGUGUGAAAUAGGAACGGAUAGUGAUUACAUAUGUUCCGUUUGUCAAUACGGAGGGGAAUUAGUGUUGUGUGACCAAUGUCCAUCGUCGUUUCAUACGUCUUGUGUAGGAUUAAAGGAAGUGCCAGAUGGCGAAUGGUUUUGUCCAUCAUGCUGUUGCAGAAUUUGUAAUCAAAACACAUUUAGUGAAUAUUAUGAAGAAAUAGUGGAAACUAACAUUAUAAAUUGUGAACAGUGCGGAAAACAAUAUCAUAUAGGGUGCUUGAAAAGAAGCAAAGAUUAUUUGAAGCUGAAGAGUUGUCUUGAAGCAAAUUGGUUCUGUAGUUUGAGAUGUGAAGAGAUAUAUACGGGUCUUCAAAGGCUUCUGGGAAAGUCAAUACCGAUUGGAAAAGGCAACUUAACGUGGACCCUACGAAAAAACAAAACAUUCGAACAUUCUAAUUAUGAUUCCUCGGAUACGGAGGAAUCAAUAGAGAAUUACAGCAAACUUAAUGUCGCUAUCAGUGUGAUGCAUGAGUGUUUUGAGCCUGUUAAAGAACCUCGAACCGGGGGCGAUAUAGUCGAAGAUGUUGUUUUUUGUAGACAGUCAGAGCUACGACGUUUAAAUUUCAAGGGCUUUUAUACGGUUCUUUUGGAGAAAGAUGAUGAGCUACUAUCGACGGCUGCAGUGAGGGUUUAUGGGGAGAAAGUAGCUGAAGUCCCGCUUGUUGGUACAAGAUUUCAAUAUCGCAGGCGAGGAAUGUGUCAUAUUCUCAUGCAAGAACUUGAAAGGAAACUCAAGGAACUAGGAGUCGAAAGACUCGUUUUGCCUGCCGUAUCAAGCGUUCUACACACAUGGACCAGAUCAUUUGGUUUCUCUGCGAUGACCGAAUCAGAUAAAUUUAAGUUUUUAGGCUGCGCGUUUCUUGAUUUUCAAGGCACCACAAUGUGUCACAAACUCCUUGUGACAGACCCUCCUUCCACAAAACCGGGCACAUCCAAAGGAAAUAGGUGCAGAAAUAUUUUAGAUUUAGAUAGAGUUAAUGAUGUAUUUGAAGAAUCACAAGCGUCUAAGCCUAGAGAAAGCGUAAGCGGUGGCUUUCUGAAAUGUUAUCAUAGGAGAAAAUUUGUGUCGUUGACGCGUCUUUCCAACAGCGAAUGUAAAAAUAUGUAAUGAAAGUAACGAUCAAGUAAUGUAAGAAGUAAGAACACAUGCAAACAGACGAGGGGGAAGGUAUGAUAUGAAACCCGGGUUAUCUUUUGAAAUAUGAUCCAAUGGUCAAUCCGAGUUGUACAUAGGGAUGUCAAUGGGACAUGUAUUUGGUUA